CAGUUUAUUCCCCUCGCGGCAGGUUGGACUGCAUGCAGCAAAAGUUUUGCGGAACAUCCACAAACCCGCCUCCCUCUUAGCGUACUUCUAGAAAACCCCCCGGAGCUCCUCGUUGCUUCGGUUUGCUCGGCAGCUUAUGGGGGGUGUCCCGCUGGAGAGGCUUCGGGCCACCCUCAGGGUCCAGUUGAUACCCCUGCAGAGUUUCCCCUUGGUGCCUUUGACAUCCUGGUAUCCCUGAUAACCCUGGUUCCCCGGUCUUGUACCACCCGCCGACGGACAGGGCUGACUUUGAACCGCUCCUCGGUUCGUCGCGAACGCCCGGUUACCAUUGGUGCUGCUCCUUGGAUGAAGCAUCAACGGCGCCCAACGUCUUUCUCCAUGUGCCUCCCACCCUUGAAUCCAUGCAUGUAUGGCCCAUGA